AUGGACCCCGGGUCUCCGGGCUCCGGCCCAGGUUCCAGCCCGCAUGGCCCAGAUGUACAACGGGUUGAGUCCCUGACCGACACCCUGCCUUCGCCGGUGAUCGAUCAGAGCCACUCAGCGAAGCUUGUGGCUUCCCAGCUGCAGCCUCAGCCGCGAGCCCUCCAGUCCGGGCUCUGGCUGAAGGCCCUGCACCUCCUCCUGGCCCUGAAAGGGCUCGUCUGCUCCUUCCCGUGGGUCCAGCAGGUGCUGCAGCUCCAGAGAAGCCUGUUGAGGAGCUCUGGAUCCGCCACACAGGACCUGCUGGCUCUCCUGGCCUCCAUCGCUCGUGGCUUCACUGAGGCAGCGUUGACCCUCCACAGGUCUCUCCGUGGGGCCUUCCCUCCGGGCAACACCUUCCCAUGUGGGACUUCACCCAGGGAAGAGGACUCCACAGCGAGGACCUUCUUCUCUCGGCGCCCGCUGCGGGAGAAGCUGAGCCGUCACUCUGGUGUUGUUGCUGGAGCUGGUUCCUUGUUGACCAUGGACCCCGGGUCUCUGGGCUCCGGCCCAGGUUCCAGCCCGCAUGGCCCAGAUGUACAACGAGUUGAGUCCCUGUCCGACACCCUGCCUUCGCCGGUGAUCGAUCACAGCCACUCAGCGACGCUUGUGGCUUCCCAGCUGCAGCCUCAGCCACGAGCCCUUCAGUCCGGGCUCUGGCUGAAGGCCCUGCACCUCCUCCUGGCCCUGAAGGGGCUCGUCUGCUCCUUCCCGUGGGUCCAGCAGGUGCUGCAGCUCCAGAGAAGCCUGUUGAGGAGCUCUGGAUCCGCCACACAGGACCUGCUGGCUCUCCUGGCCUCCAUCGCUCGUGGCUUCACUGAGGCAGCGUUGAUCCUCCACAGGUCUCUCCGUGGGGCCUUCCCUCCGGGCACCACCUUCCCAUGUGGGACUUCACCCAGGGAAGAGGACUCCACAGAGAGGACCUUCUUCUCUCGGCCCCCGCUGCGGGAGAAGCUGAGCCGUCACUCUGGUGUUGUUGCUGGAGCUGGUUCCUUGUUGACCAUGGACCCCGGGUCUCCGGGCUCCGGCCCAGGUUCCAGCCCGCAUAGCCCAGAUGUACAACGAGUUGAGUCCCUGACCGACACCCUGCCUUCGCCGGUGAUCGAUCACAGCCACUCAGCGACGCUUGUGGCUUCCCAGCUGCAGCCUCAGCCGCGAGCCCUCCAGUCCGGGCUCUGGCUGAAGGCCCUGCACCUCCUCCUGGCCCUGAAGGGGCUCGUCUGCUCCUUCCCGUGGGUCCAGCAGGUGCUGCAGCUCCAGAGAAGCCUGUUGAGGAGCUCUGGAUCCGCCACACAGGACCUGCUGGCUCUCCUGGCCUCCAUCGCUCGUGGCUUCACUGAGGCAGCGUUGAUCCUCCACAGGUCUCUCCGUGGGGCCUUCCCUCCGGGCACCACCUUCCCAUGUGGGACUUCACCCAGGGAAGAGGACUCCCCAGAGAGGACCUUCUUCUCUCGGCCCCCGCUGCGGGAGAAGCUGAGCCGUCACUCUGGUGUUGUUGCUGGAGCUGGUUCCUUGUUGACUAUGGACCCCGGGUCUCUGGGCUCCGGCCCAGGUUCCAGCCCGCAUGGCCCAGAUGUACAACGAGUUGAGUCCCUGACCGACACCCUGCCUUCGCCGGUGAUCGAUCAGAGCCACUCAGCGACGCUUGUGGCUUCCCAGCUGCAGCCUCAGCCGCGAGCCCUCCAGUCCGGGCUCAGGCUGAAGGCCCUGCACCUCCUCCUGGCCCUGAAGGGGCUCGUCUGCUCCUUCCCGUGGGUCCAGCAGGUGCUGCAGCUCCAGAGAAGCCUGUUGAGGAGCUUUGGAUCCGCCACACAGGACCUGCUGGCUCUCCUGGCCUCCAUCGCCCGUUGCUUCACUGAGGCAGCGUUGACCCUCCACAGGUCUCUCCGUGGGGCCUUCCCUCCGGGCACCACCUUCCCAUGUGGGACUUCACCCAGGGAAGAGGACUCCACAGCGAGGACCUUCCUCUCUCGGCCCCCGCUGCGGGAGAAGCUGAGCCGUCACUCUGGUGUUGUUGCUGGAGCUGGUUCCUUGUUGACCAUGGACCCCGGGUCUCUGGGCUCUGGCCCAGGUUCCAGCCCGCAUGGCCCAGAUGUACAACGGGUUGAGUCCCUGACCGACACCCUGCCUUCGCCGGUGAUCGAUCACAGCCACUCAGCGACGCUUGUGGCUUCCCAGCUGCAGCCUCAGCCACGAGCCCUCCAGUCCGGGCUCUGGCUGAAGGCCCUGCACCUCCUCCUGGCCCUGAAGGGGCUCGUCUGCUCCUUCCCGUGGGUCCAGCCGGUGCUGCAGCUCCAGAGAAGCCGGUUGAGGAGCUCUGGAUCCGCCACACAGGACCUGCUGGCUCUCCUGGCCUCCAUCGCUCGUGGCUUCACUGAGGCAGCGUUGACCCUCCAAAGGUCUCUCCGUGGGGCCUUCCCUCCGGGCACCACCUUCCCAUGUGGGACUUCACCCAGGGAAGAGGACUCCACAGAGAGGACCUUCUUCUCUCGGCCCCCGCUGCGGGAGAAGCUGAGCCGUCACUCUGGUGUUGUUGCUGGAGCUGGUUCCUUGUUGACCAUGGACCCCGGGUCUCCGGGCUCCGGCCCAGGUUCCAGCCCGCAUGGCCCAGAUGUACAACGAGUUGAGUCCCUGACCGACACCCUGCCUUCGCCGGUGAUCGAUCACAGCCACUCAGCGACGCUUGUGGCUUCCCAGCUGCAGCCUCAGCCGCGAGCCCUCCAGUCCGGGCUCUGGCUGAAGGCCCUGCACCUCCUCCUGGCCCUGAAAGGGCUCGUCUGCUCCUUCCCGUGGGUCCAGCAGGUGCUGCAGCUCCAGAGAACCCUGUUGAGGAGCUCUGGAUCAGCCACACAGGACCUGCUGGCUCUCCUGGCCUCCAUCGCUCGUGGCUUCACUGAGGCAGCGUUGAUCCUCCACAGGUCUCUCCGUGGGGCCUUCCCUCCGGGCACCACCUUCCCAUGUGGGACUUCACCCAGGGAAGAGGACUCUCCAGAGAGGACCUUCUUCUCUCGGCCCCCGCUGCGGGAGAAGCUGAGCCGUCACUCUGGUGUUGUUGCUGGAGCUGGUUCCUUGUUGACCAUGGACCCCGGGUCUCUGGGCUCCGGCCCAGGUUCCAGCCCGCAUGGCCCAGAUGUACAACGAGUUGAGUCCCUGUCCGACACCCUGCCUUCGCCGGUGAUCGAUCACAGCCACUCAGCGACGCUUGUGGCUUCCCAGCUGCAGCCUCAGCCGCGAGCCCUCCAGUCCGGGCUCUGGCUGAAGGCCCUGCACCUCCUCCUGGCCCUGAAGGGGCUCGUCUGCUCCUUCCCGUGGGUCCAGCAGGUGCUGCAGCUCCAGAGAAGCCUGUUGAGGAGCUUUGGAUCCGCCACACAGGACCUGCUGGCUCUCCUGGCCUCCAUCGCUCGUGGCUUCACUGAGGCAGCGUUGACCCUCCACAGGUCUCUCCGUGGGGCCUUCCCUCCGGGCACCACCUUCCCAUGUGGGACUUCACCCAGGGAAGAGGACUCCCCAGAGAGGACCUUCUUCUCUCGGCCCCCGCUGCGGGAGAAGCUGAGCCGUCACUCUGGUGUUGUUCCUGGAGUUGGUUCCUUGUUGGGGAACAUCGACCCCGGUUCUCCGAGCUCCGGCCCAGGUUCCUCCCCACAUGACACGGAUGAAGAAUGGUUUGAGGCCCUGACUGACACCCUGUCUGUUCCGGUGAUCAUCCACAGCGUCUCACUGAAGCUUAUGCUGUGCCAGCUGCUCCUGCAGCUGGAGCCGCGAGCCCUUCGGACGGGGAUCUCGCUGAAGGCCCAGGGCCUCCUCCGGGACCUGAAGGAGCUGCUCUGCUCCUUCCCUUGGGUCCAGGUGACGGAGGAGAAACAGGAGGCCAACACCUUCCGCCAGUCCACCGCUGUCUACCAGGUAACCCAGCGUGUGCUGGACAGUCUGGAGCGGACCCUGGGCCCCAGGUGUGUUCUGAGGGAAGCAGGGGCCUUCUCCUCCCUGCUCCUCCAACACCACCUGCUCCACCUGGUGGCUCUCAACACGGCCCGGCUGCUUCCAGACGAGGAGUCUGCUCGUCAGCAGAGACAGGUGGUGGCUGCCCCCCGCCCUCUCCCUCCACCCUUCUCCGUCAGCUCUGAGCUGGUGAAGGUCCUCCUGGUUCAGCUGGUGCUCACGCUGCACCCUGUGGACGCUUCUGGGGACCAGGCGCUGAGUCCCCGGGACCUCCAGGAGCUGUUGGACCAUUUGACCGCAGUCAUCCAUCGUAUCCUGGACCACACCCCCGGGGUGGCUGUGGACAGCGGCUCUCCCCUUCCACUGUGCAACACCCUGCGGCCGGUGCUGCAGCUCCAGAGCACCCUGUUGAGGGAGUUUGAGUCGGCCACACAGGAACUGCUGGCUCGGAGAGACCCAGCUCUCCUGGCCUCCAUCGCCAAUGGUGUCGCUGAGGCAGUGUUGACCAUCUACAGGUCUCUCCGUGGGGCCUUCCCUCCGGGCACCACCUUCCCAUGUGGGACUUCACCAAGGGAAGAGGACUCCACAGAGAGGACCUCCUCCCUGACCUCUGUGGAGGACAGGGAGGAACAAGGGGAUGGCCAGAGGAAAGCCCACAACCUCUGCCCUCUGGUCGAGGUCCCUCUGGUCGAGGUCCCUCUGGUCGAGGUCCCUCUGGUCGAGGUCCCUCUGGUCGAGGUCCCUCUGCUCGAGGUCCCUCUGGUCGAGGUCCCUCUGGUCGAGGUCCCUCUGCUUGAGGUCCCUCUGCUUGAGGUCCCUCUGGUCGAGGUCCCUCUGCUUGAGGUCCCUCUGGUUGAGGGACCCCCCAUUUUCACGAAAGGGAAAAGAAAAACAGUGACCUGGAAGGAUCCUCUGGAGAGUACGGAGCCGGUCGCUCCGUGCUCUCAGAAGAAGAAGCGGAGGAAGAAGAAGUGGUACUCUCGCUUCAGAGGACUGUUCUGUUGUUGCAGUGGCCAGUCAGAAUAA